GCCGAUGCGCCUGGCGGUUCCUCCUUUCUCACGCUGAAGGGGGCUCAGCCUGCUGCGGCUUCCUCAUCCUUCUUGCUACCUCCCUUGCUUCCCCCGUCUCACGUCUGGGCUGCUUGCUGACGGCUUGCCAUCUGCUCCUCCGCCAUGGCUAGCAGCUAACGUGAGCUGGUCGGAGACCUUUCGCCGCCUGACUCUCAUUGUCCGGCGUAUUGCCUGACGUCUUUCGCACCCGGAGCAGUUCGGUAGCAUCGUCUCCCCAACCCCUCCGACUCCAGCCCUACACUUCGUGUCUCCUUGUAGUGCUGGGAGGGUGGAGGUGAUGGCAGAGCGGAUGUUCGCCACAGGUAGAGAGAACAGCCUGUGAGGAGCUAAGUCACAGAUAAACAGUGUGACAGAAGCACCUGACUGGCUCACCAUGCCUGCCAGCAAAAGAGAUAUGGGCUAUUAUGAAAUUCUGGGGGUCACCAGGGAGUCCAAUGAACGGGAGAUCAAGAAAGCGUACCGGCGACUUGCAUUAAAGUGGCAUCCAGACAAAAAUCCCAACAACAAAGACGAAGCAGAGAAGAAGUUCAAGGAAAUCUCUGAGGCGUAUGAUGUGCUGUCAGACAAGAAAAAGAGAGAAGUGUAUGACUUGUAUGGCAAGGAUGCGGUGCGUGGGGCUUCGACCACAGAUGAUGACUUUGCUCACGGAUCCCAUGGCGCCUUCCACUUCCACUUCCGCAGUCCAGAGGAGAUCUUCCGGGAAUUCUUCGGCACAGAUGAUCCUUUUUCCAGGAUUUUUGGUGGUGGUACCCCAUCAGGCAACAUGUUCGAACAAUCUUUUACAGGAUUUCCUUCGAAUGACGGUUUCUUCUCUUCUUCUUUCUUCUCCGGUGAUCCUUUUGCUAGCUCUGGUGUUUGGCGCCAUCAGCCGCACAGCCCACACUACCACCGGCGACGCAGAGACCACGCAAGCCGGCCGCAGCACCAGCAGCCUCUGUCACCUCACCACCAGCUGUUGGCGGGUGGCCCGCCAAGAAUGCAGCUGUCCUUCAACACUUUUCUGGAUGAUUUCUUCUCUUUCCCUCCUAUGGCCGGGUUCUCCCAGUUUUCCAGCACCAGUUUCGGUGGCCCUAAUGGAGCAGGCAAUUUUCGCUCCACAUCCACUUCUACCAAAUAUGUCAAUGGCAAAAAAGUGGUCACUAAGAGGGUGGUGGAGAACGGUACAGAGACAGUGGUUGUGGAGGAAGACGGCAUUGUCAAGUCCCGCACAGUCAACGGUGUACAGCAGUCUUUGGAAGGUGGCUCUGCCAAACCAAGCAUCCGAGCAUAGUAGCAUCAUGCCAGUUCACACAGCAUGUGCAGACUGCAUCAUCAACUUCUGCUUCACCAUCCCAGGCUUCACAUUGGCUGGGAUCCAUCACACCCAUGUGCCACUGUCGUGAAAUCGUCUGCUUGCAGCCUGGCCUGGUCUCUUUUUUUUUUUUUUUUUUCAUUUGAAACAUUACAAAAAAAAAUUGGUUUCUUUUUCAUGGAGAACUGUUCUUCUUCUUUUCUUUUGUAUCCACCUUACGAACUUGUGUUCAGGAAUCACGUUCAGCAAUGGCUCUGCGGGCUAACCUCACGACUUCAACUUUGUGACUUUCUGGGCCCCCACCCACCCAAUCCCUCUACUAUGAUUUGUUCUUUAAUCUGUAUUCAGAUGUGUGCAGGUGACCAUUCACACAUCUCUAAUGCCAGUGCUUGGAUUCCCAGUGUUGAAAACACCUUUAUCUCUCCACAUGUAAGCAUCUCCCAUAGAAUUUAAAAAAAGCUUCCCCCAUCCCUCCCCAACCCCCAGAAGUUGAAGUUUAGUUCCAUCAACAAAAUAAACAGGUUGAGAACAUUAUGUGUUUCUUUUCUGACCAAUUUUUGAGGUAGUUUGUCUCUGGUCUUAAUUUCUUGUAGGUUUCUUUCUCUUUCCCCCUGCUUUAUAUGGUAAAUGUUUUGUCGUACAACAGUCUGCAAAAGGAGAAACAAUACUGAACCAAUGUCUGUAUAGUGGCAAUGUAUUGUUACAUGCCGCAUGCUUUGUGCGGUGUUGAAUCAAGUACUUUCUGCAUAUAAAUAUGUCAAUGCUUUGUUGUGUAUAAAGGUCUCAUCUGUGUAUACUGAUUGUACAAUAUUGGAUGUACUUCCAAGGAGAGAAGAAUAAAUAAGUGUUUGCACUGGGACUUCAUUGCUGGGGUGAAAUAGAUCGAAAGUGUAGCAUGAUUUUUUUUUCUUUUGUAAAUGGAGUUAAGGUAUGGAUUUAGUUCUUAUUAUCUAAUGUUGGCUCUUUCUAGCUUUAGUGUUAAGGGUUUUAUACUCCUUCAGUAGUUUGAAAGCUUGAAGAAUUUGGUGGUGUUUUCAAUGAAUAUUCUUUAUGUGAUUUUCCUUUUUCACAAGUAAGUGUGCCCAUUCUGGUUUUGACUCAUGUUGAUCCCUUUGCAGCAACUUUCUCUGUGCCUGGGAGCUGUCUAUAAAAACUGUUAAAUUAACAGCUACAUUGUAGCUGGGCAAAAAGCCACCUAUUUAUGAGACUGUAUUCACUGACUGUGAAGGGUGGUGGUAAUUAUUUGCUUCCAUCAUUUCAGGUGUUCAAAAGGUCCUCUCUGCCUGCCCUUGCCUUGAUUACUUUCUUCCAUUUGAAAAUAGUUUAAAUAUUAAGAUCCAAGUGGAGUGCCAAUGUUGGUUUUAGAUGAGCAAGCAUUAAAAUUAGAUGUCCGCUCAUACAAAGCUCUACUGGAUUUGACAGUAUGGUAAUUUGGUUUAUUGUAACUACCUUAAACCCUUUUUUUUUUUUGCGCAUUUGCACGAGAGAGUGAGCAAGUGAGUGAAUGAAGUGCUUCAAGAGAGAGGAGUGAGGUAUUUCAUAGGUUCCAAGAUGGUAAACUAUGUGAGAAAACAACGUAUCUUUUGAGAAAGGGGCAGACUAUAAAAUAUGUAAGUUUAACAGCUUGCUUAAGGUGUGGGAUGCUUCAAUUUCUUGGUGGCUUCUAUGGCUUUAACACAAUUCUGCACAAAGCUGGUUCUGUCCUGGUGUAAUCCCAUACUGCAGCAGCAGGUAAAGCCUACAUCCACCGCCAAACAGGGAGAGAGAAGUUUACCAGUGGCAAGUAACAUAUCAAACUAGAGGGGCACAGUGUGAAAUUAGAUUUCUUUUUUUCCAUCUUGAUGUGUGAAUCGCAUCCUGACAACAUGGCAAUGUCUUACAUUUGCCUGAUCAUGAAGAGGUGUCUGCUUUGCAUCAAUAAAAAAGACUAUAUUAUAGAAAA